AUGGUCAUCAAUCAUCAUGCUUCAGUUCAUAGACAAAUACAAAGGAUGCUAAAAAAUAUAAUUAAGUAUUUACUUUGAUUCAUUUGUUGCUUAAACAUUAAGAUCCAAAAUUUUAUCACAGCCGCCUCUUCCAGGUUGGCCAAUAGGCUUAUAUUGUAUGCAACUGGCUGGAAGUUCCCCCGAUAGGCUAAUAUCCAUUAAUAUUAACUUAAUGAAAGCCGGAUUAAUCACAUGGCAGCACUGUUUUCAAUAUCUGGCAACUUGCCUUCAAAUGAAUAUAUAAUAAGAUUGGACUUUCAGGUUCAUGAUUUCAUAGUCAUCAAUGGAGAUUUCAUUUCAUAACAAUAUGUUUUCUCUACUUCUUUUGCUCUUACCGUCACUAUCUUUCUCACCAUCAGCCUGGGCGGCCUGCAAUGCAGUGGACAAAGAAGCAUUACUGGGAUUCAAGCGCACCAUCACAGCUGACCCUUCACGACUAUUGCAAUCAUGGAUAUCAUCAACUGAUUGCUGCACAUCCUGGAAAGGGGUCGCUUGCAAUUCUGUGGGAAGAGUUGUCAAUGUCACACGCUCGGGCCUUGUUUCGGAUGACGACGACCUUUUGGAUACAUUCAUGAAUGGAACUUUGUCUCCCUCCCUUGGGAACCUAUCCUAUCUUCAACUUCUUGACCUUAGCAAUCUCAAAAACUUGAAUGGACCAAUACCACUGGAAUUUGGCAAGUUAAGGCGUCUUACUCAUCUUUUUCUCAAUUCAAACCAGCUUACAGGGUCGAUACCGGCAACAUUCAAGCACUUAUCUCGGCUGGAAAGGCUUUUCCUCAACAACAACCAUAUUUCUGGUAUUAUACCUUUCUCUGUUAUUGGAUCCUUAACAGCACUCACCGAACUUGGUCUUUCGGAAAACCAAUUGAGAGGAUCAAUUCCAGCAACAAUAGGGAAGUUGGUAUUAUUGACAAAGCUUGAUCUUCAUGCUAACAAUCUUUCUGGCAGUUUGCCUACAACUAUAGGCAAGCUUAAGAGCCUCAAAUAUCUGGACUUAUCCCAAAACACGAUAAAAGGCAGCAUUCCUAAAUCCAUAAGAGGACUUUCAGCAUUAGUACUCCUAGAUCUCAAUCAAAACCAGAUUACAGGAAGCAUCCCUUCAUCGAUUUCGGGGCUCAUCUCUCUUCAGUUUUGCCGCAUAUCAGAAAACAAGCUGACAGGAAGUUUACCUCCAUCCAUUGGCCACCUCCCAAGCAUUCAGAGGCUAAUCCUUGAGAACAACAAGCUAACUGGGAAAUUACCAGCUACAAUGGGCCACCUUGUCACUCUUACUGAAUUAUUCUUGUCGAAUAAUCGUAUUACCAGCAAGAUUCCUUCUAGUUUCAGCAAUUUGCAAAGCCUUCAAACAUUAGAUUUAUCUAGAAACCAUCUCUCUGGUGAACUUCCUACAGAGCUGGCCAAGUUGCAGAACUUACAGACAUUGGAUCUGUCGUUUAAUCCUCUUGGACUAGUUAGCAUACCAAAAUGGUUUGCUAAAUUGAAACUUUUUCGGCUUAUGUUGGCGAAAACUGGGAUUAGAGGGUCUCUUCCGAGGUGGUUAUCUUCUACAUCCAUUUCUACGCUAGAUUUAUCAGCUAAUGCUUUGACAGGGAAACUACCGCCUUGGAUUGGGAAUAUGACCAGCCUUUCUUUACUUAAUUUAUCAAAUAACGGCCUUCACUCAUCAAUUCCAGCUGAAUUCAAGAAUCUUAGGCGUCUAAUGGACCUUGAUCUUCAUUCAAACAAGUUCUCCGGUAACCUGGAUACAAUUUUCUCCAAAGGAACUGAUGACCCUAUAGGCCAUUACAACUCUAUUGAUCUAUCUGACAAUAUGUUCGCUGGUCCUAUUAAUGACUCCGUUCUACAGAGCUCUGCAAUGGAUUCUAUUACAUCGCUUGUUCUGUCAUAUAAUCUGCUAAAAGGAUCAAUACCAAAAUCCAUAGGGAAGUUGAGUGAGCUGAGAAUCUUGAAGGUGGUAAGCAAUGGCCUUUCAGGGAAGAUACCAGUGGAGCUUGGUGAUGCCAUGGGAUUGACCACAAUUUUGCUUUCGAGGAACAACCUCAUGGGGAGCAUCCCAGGGAAGGUGAUCAAUUUGAAUGAGCUCAAGGAAUUUGACGUGUCGCAUAAUCAAUUAAGAGGGGAAAUUCCUCCCCAUAAAGCCAUAAUCCCUGUAUCUUCAUUUAUUGGUAAUCCUGGAUUAUGUGGAGCCCCUCUUCCACCUUGUGAACGUUCAUAGUAUUUUUCAUAAACAAAUUUAUAAUAACAUGGAUAUUUUCAAUGGAAGUAUUAUGGUGUUUCUCAAUAAUAUGGAUAUUUUCAAUGGAAGUAUUAUUGAUCCUCCAUUUCUUUCCUCAUCAUCUUACACGACUAGACUAUCAUUACUUUUCGGAUGUGAAUGUUAGAUAUCAAUACGAGUCUAACAUGAUUUUUUUCAACCUUUUUUUUUUUAAUUUGAUCCUAUUCCCAUUUCCAUGUUAAGAUAUUUAUCUAAACCAGAUUUUCAAAAGAUAAACAAUUAGUACUAGAAGACAAGGGAAAGAAAAGUGUGAAGAGUUUUAUCU